UUGUAUUGUUUUGGUAUUAUUUCUCUAUACAGUCAUAACAAGUAUAAUUGCUUGUUAUUCCUGAAGUGUCAGUUCUAUGGCUAUAAAUCACAAAAAGACAAAACAUAUCGAUUUGCUACUCUGUUAUAACUAGUCACCAGAAUGCCAUGCUUGUUGCCACUGCCAAAUGACGUUUGGGAAGAAAGGAGACUGUUUUCAAUCAUGACCAUACGAUUGAUUUUGAUGAUAGCUUGUGGCGGUUUUGGUCUUGUAAAAAGUUUUUGUGGUGUAUGCGAGGUUAAACCAUUGCCAGAUUUCCAGAACAAGAGAGUUAGUGAGGGUGUUCUGUGGACAAAGACUGAUAUGACUAGUCGUGCCGAAUGUGCAGCGCGGUGCUCCCUCUUCAGCGUGAUAAAGUCCUUUGGAUACAAGGAGGCCAGUAGAGAAUGUGUGGCAUACACCGUGCCUCUCACAACACCAGCAGCAAUGACAUAUGCCAGUGAAUCAGGAUUCAACAUGUAUUCAACUUGUGCACCAGUUGACGGCGGUGUCAGCACCUGGGGCCAGUGGACAGUACCAGCUUGCCCUCAGACAUGUGGAACCUCGCACACCAUCAUGAAAACCAGGACUCGAACCUGCACCAAUCCGACUCCAGAUAAUGGAGGAGCUGACUGCACAGAGAGCCUCUCGGAAACGGGCGAAUUAAGCUGUGGUUUGCCUCGAUGUCCAAUUGAUGGAGGUGUCAGCGCUUGGGGUGCGUGGGGCACAUUGGCAUGUUCACAGACUUGCGGCACCACAGCUACAGGAACCAGGACACGAACCCGAACCUGCACCAACCCUGCUCCAGCUUACGGAGGAGCGGACUGUUCGGAGACUCUCUCCAGCACCACAAGUGAAAACUGUGGUUUCUCUUCGUGCCCAGUGGACGGAGGCGUCAGCGCUUGGGGGACGUGGGGCACAUUGGUAUGUUCACUGACUUGCGGCACCACAGCAACAGGAACCAGGACACGAACCCGAACCUGCACCAACCCUGCUCCAGCUUACGGAGGAGCGGACUGUUCGGAGACUCUCUCCAGCACGACCAGUGAGAACUGUGGUUUCUCUUGGUGCCCAGUAACUCCACCAAACUUUGGCAUGUGCUCUCCAUAUUGUUCUGGGACGAACGUGGUCUGCAAUAACGGCUAUUGUGUGUGUGACAUCAUGUAUGUGAAACGUGGCAGCAGUUGUGUCCAAGAUUGUGGUAGCUCUGGAUAUGGAUCAGGCUUCACCAUCUUUCACAACAAAGUACACCACGAACAUUAUGAAAGACCUGUCUACUCCAUUCAAACAAUAGAGGAGUGCAUCAGUAUGUGUCUAUCAGCAUCGGAUUUCACUUGCAUUACCGCGGCCUAUGGCUUUAUCAACAAGAUUUGCCACUUCAGCAAAACAGCUUGGUACGCUGUAACAUCGAGCUAUACUACCAACAGCACCAGGUAUCAUGAGAUAAUCCGUAAUUGUGCUUAAAGUUCG